AAUCUGCUACUCACUUUUUUUGAAGAACAUGUUGCUAUAGAGACACUCAAACUGAACAGACACUCAAGACUGAUUUUCUACGUCACAGUGCUUUUAAUGCCAAAUCUGAAAACACAGCUGGCAAUUAUAGCGAUUAGAGCUCUCAAACUAUCCAAAACCUUCUCAGAACCAGCGAAAAGUGCUGUACAAAGAAAUACGCCCAUUCUGUGCAUCCAUUACAUGCAAGACACUGCACUCCAUCGUCACUCAUUAUUUUAUUUACUACAAGGAGACCUAACAGACCAGGAAGAAGGAGACGGGCAGGGUUUGCGGAGUGCGGUAAACAGCAUCCCUACAGCACCAGGGUUCAGCGUGAAGAGCGAGUUUCUAGUGCCGGGAGUGGCCAGCCAGGUGGAAGCGCGAGGUCUGCGCAGUCACCGCGGUCGUCCUGCCGGGCCAAUAGCGGAGCGGGCGAGAGGGGGCGCGGCCGGCCGGGGCGGGGCAGGUUUUGGCUGCUCACUGCUCGGCUCACGUGCGUAGGGCGGCUGGAGCCGGCGUCUCCCGGUUCCCCGCCUGCCAUGGAGCGGCUGACGUUACCUCCUGGCGGGGCGGCUGCAGUAGACGAGUACUUGGAGUACCGGAGAAUUGUUGGUGAGGAUGACGGAGGGAAACUUUUUACUCCUGAGGAAUAUGAAGAAUACAAAAAAAAAGUCUUACCUAUGCGUUUACAGAACAGAUUGUAUGUGAGUUGGCGAUCACCCACGGGAAUGGAUUGUAAACUUGUGGGUCCAGAGACACUGUGUUUUUGUACACAUAGGUAUAAGCAACAUAAAACUGACUUUGAAACGAUUCCCCCGCAGCGCCCCAUCAGUCUGCCUUGCCAAGUGAGGGGCUGCCCUUGCCGGGCUUACCUCUACGUGCCUCUGAACGGCACACAGCCCAUUCGCUGCAGAUGUAAGCACUUUGCCGAUCAACACAGUGCAGCGCCUGGCUUUGUAUGCAAUGCCUGUUCUAAGUGUUCGGGAUUUCAUAGUUGCUUCACUUGUGCUUGUGGUCAGCCUGCAUAUGCCCAUGACACAGUAGUGGAAACUAAGCAAGAAAGACUGGCUCAGGGAAAACCAGUGGGGCAGGAUGUUCCUUAUGCAGCAAUGGGAGGAUUAACUGGCUUCAGCUCGCUGGCAGAAGGCUACAUGCGAUUAGAUGACAGUGGAAUUGGUGCACCAUCAGCUGAAUUUUUAGACUCUCCAGUUAUGGCCAUGGACCACCCAUUUCUAAAGGCAUUUCAAGCAUCAUCUAGCUCUUCUCCAGAAACGCUAACAGGUACAAGUAGUCAAGUUUCUUCCUUAAGGAAACCGGAAGAGGACGAUAUGGCUUUCUUUGAAAGACGAUACCAGGAGAGGAUAAAAAUGGAAAAGGCUGCUAAGCAGAAAGGAAAAGCACCAUUGCCAUCAACUACGAAACCUUCAUGAACACUACUGAAGAAAUUAAAACCAGCAUCCAAAUAUGUCUUUUGUGUGUUAAUUAUUUAAACAUAAUAAGUUUAUUUUUCCUCAAAUUACUUACAUUUUUUUCUAUGUAAAAAUGUCUUUUGAAUGUUGCCUUAUUUAAACGUGACAGUACCUUAUAUUACUUUUACCAAAAUUUAUGAUUUAUUACUUUAUAUAAACUUUUUUCUCUCUCCUAAUAAAUGAGGCUAUUUUCAUGUUAGUCAAAACCUUAAAGUACAGUAGCUAUUUUGAAUUUAUAAUAAUUUAACCUUUUCAGGCUACUUAAAAAUGUUAAGAUGUUAUUGAGGGUUUGAACAAACAUUUCAUUCAAAAUAGUUAAAUUAAAAUCCUUAUUUUAUUUUCUAAACUUUGUAAUUUUGAUUUAUGUUUUAAAAUAAAAACUUUUAAAA